UACUAAAAUUAACAUGGGUGUCUUGAUUGCAGAUAACCUUUUGCAUAGGUAAAAAUAAGUGUUAUAGCUGUAGGAAAUGGUUAACUCAAAAGAGCCAAAGAGAAGGGUUGCUUCUAUUCUUGUUGAUGGGGUUGGAGAUGUAUCACUGCCAAGAUUUGGUUAUAAGACUCCCUUGCAAGUUGCUAAUGUCCCUAAUUUGGAUGCAAUUGCAUCGGCUGGCAUCAACGGUCUAAUGGACCCUGUUGAAGUAGGCUUAGGUUGUGGAAGUGAAACUGCACAUCUCUCUCUACUGGGCUAUGAUCCUAGGAUCUAUUAUCGAGGCCGAGGUGCAUUUGAGUCAAUGGGCUCAGGUUUGGCAAUGUCACCUGGGGAUAUCGCUUUUAAAUCCAACUUUGCAACUCUUGAUGAAAGUACUGGAGUAGUUACCAGCAGGAGGGCAGACAGGCAUUUUGAAGAAGAAGGACCUGUUCUUUGUGCAGCAAUGGAUGGACUCAAGCUGCCUUCUUUUCCUCAAUAUGAAGUUAGAGUCAGGUAUGCCACAGAGCAUAGGUGUGUUAAAGGCCCAAAAUUAAGUGGAAACAUAUCAGGAACUGAUCCAUUGAAGGAUAAUCGCCUACUUUUACAAGCUCAACCUCUUGAUGAUUCUGAUGAAGCAAAGAACACGGCUGCAGUUAUUAACGAUUUAUCGAAAGAAAUAUCCCGCAUCUUGGUUGGGCAUCCUGUGAAUGCUAGAAGAGUUGCCGAAGGAAAGAAUAUAGCUAAUGUUGUCCUUUUACGAGGUUGUGGGAUUCGAAUCGAGGUCCCUCCUUUUGAAAAAAUACAUGGUUUGCAGCCUUGUAUGGUUGCUCCUACCAAGAUUAUUGCUGGUUUGGGUUUAUCCCUCGGUAUUGAUAUUUUAGAAGCUCCAGGAGCAACAGGAGACUACAGAACCCUGCUAACCUCAAAAGCAGAUGCAAUAGCCAGAGCACUCUCAGCUCCUUCUAAAUCAUGCCCCAAUGUCUUUGUGCCUGGGGAAGAUGAACAUAAACCCGGCAGACCUGGUGGCUAUGACUUCGGUUUCCUUCACAUUAAGGCAAUAGAUGAUGCUGGUCAUGAUAAAGCAAGUGUAUUCAAAGCCAAAGGCUUAGAAGCUGUUGAUAGAGCUAUAGGGCAACUAACUAAGCUCCUAUGGCAAGCAGAGUCAGCAGGGGAGUUCCAAUAUUACAUUUGUGUCACUGGGGACCAUUCUACUCCAGUUGAAUAUGGUGAUCACAGCUUCGAACCAGUCCCAUUUACACUGUGUCGUUUGAAAGACUUCAUUGGUGCUGUGGGUGGACAUUCAAAUCUUUCUAAUAUCCCUCUCGAUCCUUUUCCUCUUCCAACCGUUGAACCCGGUGAGGAUUUAGCACAUGCUGACAGAAGUCAAGAAGAGAAACAGGGCCGGGCUUUUAAAGGUGACAGAGUUUUCGAGUUCAAUGAGAUAGCAGCAGCCAGAGGAAUUCUCGGACGAUUUACUGGUAGUGAAAUGAUGGGAAUCAUAAAGGCAUAUCACAAGCUUUCAUAAUAGCUCUUCCAUCCACUUUUUCAUCGGCAUUCCUUUUUUACCUUGUGACAAGACCGACUGUGCUGAAAAGUACGAAGCAGUAAUUGCGUUGGAGUUUUUUUUGUUGCGUGUCCCUGCAACUACAUGUGUAUUUCGCUUUCCGUUAGUUGAAAGAGAGACUCUAGUAGUUCGUUUCACUCACUUUGGAGACAUGUCUUAGUACCUUUCUUGGUACAGUUAAUCAGAAAGUGAAAUAAAAACUUGUGCUGGAAUCCUUCUUAGCUCGAGAGCAGUGUUAUGAAAAUUGCCCCUGGGCUGCGGGAUCCACGUUCCUACACCAGAAAUUGUCCCGAGGUAGGUGGGCUGAGCGAGAUGCCGGGGUGAGGGCAGGCGAUGUAUCAUAUAUUCUCUAGGUGACAUAUCUUUUUAUAUCUUAUUAUGUAACUUUAUAUCUCUUAUUUUGAUUUUAAAUUUGUAA